AUGGAAAAUGAUAUUGCCGUCUUGAAGUUGGCCGAAUCUGUGAACGCUAAUUACUUGGAAUUGGCUACCGAGCAACCGGCUUCCGGUUCCAGUGGCAUACUUGUUCGUUUUAAUGCGAACAACACUGUUGCGGAAUUUGCUGAAACUAUAUUAAGUAUUGAGGACUGCACUUCAGGAAAGUAUAAAUACGAAGAAGGUGAUUUAUUCAAUACAAUGUUGUGUGCUCUUCCUGAGGAUACUGAUGCUUGUGGUGGCCCAGCGGGAAGCCCUUUGUGUCAAAUAAUAAGUUAG